AUGUCCAUCCAUGUGUGCUCCAGCUUGUGAACCAACGUGUUGUGCCCCACCCCCACCCCCUCCACCACCACCAUGUCCCGUCCCCGUUCCUGUGCCGUGCCCACAACCAGGACCCCCAGGACAACCAGGGUGCAUGGGACCACCCGGACUUCCCGGAUGUCGUGGAUUCCCCGGUAGUCCAGGAUGUAUGGGACCAAUGGGACCAAUGGGACCUCCCGGAGCACCCGGAUGCCCCGGUCUACCCGCUCCACCCCCACCGCCUUGUCCCCCCAUCUGUAUCCAUCAUUGUAUGAAGAUUUGCCCUCAGCCAUGCUGCACUCCACCACCUGUGUACAUUCCUCCCCCUCCACCACCACCUAUGCCAGUUUGUGCCCCGGCUUGCGCUCCUGCUUGCUGUAAAUAGAGCGUUUGAAAUCUGGAGAAGAGAGUUUUAGAUCGAUGACGUGCCCUGUGGGCAGAAUAACAGACCAGUGGUUUGGAUUUUUGAUUUCAUGUUUUCAGCCCUGACUUCCUGAGGAACAAAAACUCGUAUUGAAAUUAUUUCUGUUUGAUACAUUGAAAAAAAUAAUAAACAUCAGUUUCCAAUAUCG